AUGAGAAAGAGAAAAUGUAUUGCCAUCCUUGUUCUGCAAGGAUUACUGGAAAUAUACAAGAAUCCAAGAGGAAAGACCAGGUCAUGGAUAAGGAAAAGAGAAAGCCGUGGAUUUUACACGAACAUCGUGAGGGAAAUGAUGGUUGAAGACACAGCAGCGUAUCGUGAGAUGAUGAGAAUGUCCUACGACGAUUUUAAAGUAUUGCUACGAGUUGUAGAGCCUCACAUAAGUCCGCAUCAGGUUCAAGGUGGCCAAAAAGUGAUACCAGCCCUGGAAAGGUUAACUUUGACUAUAAGAUUUUUAGCUACAGGUGAGACCUAUCGAUCCCUGUGCUUUCAAUUUCGUAUAUCGGUGGCUGCGAUAUCGUAUAUUGUCGAAGAGGUUUGUGAAGUCAUUGUGAAACAUAUUGGACCGCUGUAUCUAAAAGUCCCAUCCACCACUGAAGAAUGGCUUGAGAUAGCAGCAAAAUUCGAAGAAAGAUGGAACUAUCCUAACUGUGUUGGAGCCAUAGAUGGUAAACAUAUAGUCAUGCAGCCACCUGCCAAUGCUGGAUCAUUUUUCUAUAACUACAAGCACACCCACUCGAUUGUACUAAUGGCUGUUGCUGGUCCAGACUAUGAAUGCAUCUAUGCAGACGUUGGUACCAAUGGGAAAGUAGCUGAUGGUGGUGCUUGGAUCAAGUGUAGCCUGUCAAAGUCAAUUGAUGAUGGAACUAUCUCUCUUCCUUCAGCUAGGUGCUUACCGUUUGGUGUUACAAAGAUUCCCUACUUAUUUGUGGCUGAUGAUGCAUUUGCAAUGAAACCGAAUGUGAUGAAGCCCUAA